AAAAAAGAAAAUGGUCUUCCGCGGAGAAUUCCGACUUUUCAAACGCAACACUCGUGACAUGCGCACUAGCGUUUCCACUGGGCGCGAUUAGCUCGCGUGUCGAGACCGAGGGAGACGAAACGGGAGCCUCGCAUUAAGAUGGCCGCACCUGGUGAUCGCGUGCGCACCAUGAAGUAGCGUCGCGUCGUCACGUAAGAGUUCUCGCUCGCGGGGAUUUCGUGAACGUCGACCGAGGUUCCGCGAGCCAGUGGGACGUUUCCGUUGCUCAUCAUCCGGGAGUUCGCGGUGGAGGCACAAGGGACGGAUUUUCGCGAUUGACUCCCUCGGCGUCGGUGACGCUUCGCUAAAAACGUCCUCGAGAUACCCCUCGUUCCUCCCUCUCGUGUUCUGGACGUCGCUCUUUCGUAGGUCGACGAUUGUAAACGAGCUAAACGGUUGCGAGGAGAGUCUCGUUGACGUUUCUUCGACGCUUCGGUGACGUCCGAUGUCGUGAUACCUUCGUCGUGAGGUUGACGUUUCUCCUAAAUGGGAACGUGAGGAGCCCAGGUAUCGAUAAACUUAUCGACGACUCUUCCCUUAUCGCGUUUCCGCGAUUUCCCUGAUAACGUUGUCUCUGCAGCGGAUCCAGGCCGGGAGUAUCGCUUCGACUGCAGGAUAACAAAACAGCCUACUUGAGGAGGACUACUCGGUCACUCACAGGAUCAACAGGAUGAGUAGGAGUGGUGAGAGUGGAAUUUCGCUGGCGACGCCGCCAGCGAUUCACGUGGGACCCAUCGUCACACCUGGAUCCAACGAGACCAUCUCCAUCCUGAUACCAUUAUCGGCGCAACUCACUACAAUGGCCAGCCAGAAGGUCGACAAGAACUGCAAGGAUUGCAGCAAGGACGCGAAACAGUCGACCGCUGCUAAUCCUGCUCGAAGUCCGAGAAACGACAGGACGAAGGGCUGUCCCUUUCCCACGUGCUCGAGAUACGGACGAGCGUUUUCCAGGGCACACGACUUGAAGCGACAUAUAGCUCGGCACGCGAUGCGAAAGGAGAAGCUGCAGCUGGCCGAUCAACACAAGGUCGUUGUCGAAAAUGCCGCGAGCGACACGACAAUACGGGGUACCCUUUUACGCGGCGCUGAAGACAAGGGCGGCUAUGCCUGCCCGCGUUGCAAGAAAAAAUACAGCGACGAGGAUAAGUUCAAGGUCCACCUGGCCUCGCAUGGCAAGACAACGCCAAAGAACCAGUCAAAGCCAGAGGAACAGACCAAAGGCAUCCUGCACAAUCCAGCAGUUGUGGACAAGUCUUCGACACCCAAGGAUCCUAGCGAGGCAGAGUUCUUUCUGGAAGAAAUGCUGUUGCUAAAGAAAGAUCCUCGAAGGGCGGACAAAGGUGAUUCGAAGAUCAGGUGUGACUACUGCUCCAAGACUUUCAAGACCAAGUGGACUCUGAGUUCGCAUGUGGCCGCUCACGAGGGUCGUUUUCAGUUUGAUUGCGGCCAAUGCGGCAAGAAGUUCGUCAGGAAGAGCCACUACGAGGGCCAUGUGCGCUCCCACGAGGCUGCCAGACCUUACAGCUGCGAACAAUGCGGCAAGACAUUCAAGGAACUUAAGCAUCGUCGCGAGCACACCAAGCGAAAACACCCGAGCAAUCAAAGCGCGAUACAGAGCUUAUUAGACAGCAUCGGGCCGUGCGCGACCGAAGAGGCGAACAUCGAUCAGGCCAAGUUCACUUUACUGAUGCCGGUGAACUUUAGCACGUAAAACUGAAGAGAUUUUCGUCGCCUUGAAAGCUUACUGUGGAUCCUUCAACUUCGAAUUAUAAAAAAUGUUUAAUUAUUCUCCUUCGAAUCCACGAGACCUGAGAUUUCUUUCUGGAACAUUGUAUCCCUGGAACCAUGGGGCCUUCGAUGCUUUAGCUUCUUGGAACUCUGGAUGCUUGAAAGAUUGGAUUCUCGAAUCUUUUGUCUACUUGGAGGAUGGAAAUCUUGCCAUUUUGCUUAGAAGAAUGGAUUCUUAGCCGUGAAAGUUGACAUUUCUUGAAAACUAAAAACUUCAUUACUCGAUCUAUGAUUGUUCUCAGUUAGAUCUUGUAUACUUAAAAUUUUCGGCUUCUCGAAGUGUAAAUUUUUGAAGGCUUGAAAUUCUUAUUUCUCAAAUCUUCGGUGACCAGAAAUUUUCGAUCAAUCUUCAAAUUCUAAGAUUCUUAGCGACCAAAAAAUAAUAUAUUUAAAUGAUAACUUUUUUUAAAUUCAAUGACAAAGUAUUUGACUGACAAAUCGAAAUCAUGUGAAUUUACUGAUUAUAUUCGACCUGUUAUUCCAUACCUCACAAAAAAAUAAAUCUUAAACUUAAACAAGUGAAAUCAU